AUGGUGCAACGUAAAGUUAAUGCGUUAUUAAAUAAAUUAACGUUGAAAAAUUUUGAAUCUUUAUCAGAUCAAAUUAUUAUUUAUGGUAACAAGUCAAGAGGUGAAAGAGAUGGACGUAUAUUAAGAGAAAUUAUUCGACUAAUAUUUGAGAGAUCUUGUAAUGACUCAAAAUUUUGUGCAAUUUAUGCUUAUCUUUGUCGUAAGAUGAUGGAAAGAGUUGACCCUGAAAUAGUUGAUGAAAGUAUCAAAAAUACCGAUGGUAAAUCUGUUCAAGGUGGUACAUUAUUUAGAAAGUAUCUUAUUAAUCACUGUCAAGAAGAUUUUGAGAAAGGUUGGAAAAUUAACAUCCCAUCGUCUUCCAAUGAAAGUGAUCUGACAUCAGACAAAUAUUAUGCGGCUGCAAAAGCUAAAAGAAAAGGUCUGGGUUUAAUAUGUUUCAUUGGUGAAAUGUUUAAAUUAAACAUGCUCACAGAAAAUAUCAUGCAUAAUUGUAUAUCGGAAUUAUCAAUAUUUAAAGACUCACCUAAAGAAGAAGAAAUGGAAAGUUUAUGUAUAUUAUUGAAUACGGUAGGGAAACAACUUGAUCAUGUCAAACAAAAACAGAUUAAGAAAACAAAAGAAAAAGGUAUGAAUUCUUAUUUCAAUCGCUUAGAGAAAAUAUCAAAGCUUCCAAGUUUGUCAAACCGCAUUAAAUUUAUGUUAAUGGAUAUUAUAAAUUUACGAAAAAAUGAUUGGAAUCCUCAACGAAAUAUUGAUGCUUUGAUAAAUGAGCUGACUUUAGGAAUGAUUCAGUUAUAG